UAUAAAACCACUUCACAGUAUAUAACCACUACACAGUAUAAAACCACUACACAGUAUAUAACCACUUCACAGUAUAAAACUAUUACACAGUAUAACACUACUACACAGUAUGAAACUAUUACACAGUAUAACACUACUACACAGUAUAAAACGACUACACAGUAUAAAACCACUACACAGUAUAAAACAACUACACAGUAUAAAACGACUACACAGUAUAAAACGACUACCCAGUAUAAAACUACUACACAGUAUAAAACUAUUACACAGUAUAACACUACUACACAGUAUAAAACGACUACACAGUAUAAAACGACUACACAGUAUAAAACCACUACACAGUUUAAAACGACUACACAAUAUAAAACGAUUACACAGUAUAAAACUACUACACAGUAUAAAACUAUUACACAGUAUAACACUACUACACACAAUAAAACGACUACACAGUAUAUAACCACUAAACAGUAUAAAACGACUACACAGUAUAAAACUACUACACAGUAUAAAACGACUACACAGUAUAAAACCACUACACAGUAUAAAACGACUACACAGUAUAAAACGACUACACAGUAUAAAACGACUACACAGUAUAAAACGACUACACAGUAUAAAACGACUACACAGUAUAAAACGACUACACAGUAUAAAACGACUACACAGUAUAAAACGACUACACAGUAUAAAACGACUACACAGUAUAAAACGACUACACAGUAUAAAACGACUACACAGUAUAAAACGACUACACAGUAUAAAACGACUACACAGUGA